CAAAAGAAUAAAUACGUUUCCUCACAACCUAGAGAGCAAUGGUCAAGAAAAAUCGAAUUUAUAUUUGCAUGUGUUGGCUUUGCAGUAGGCUAUGGCAACUUCUGGAGAUUUCCAUUUAAAUGUUUUAAAAAUGGUGGAGGUGCUUUCUUAAUCCCUUUUAUACUUUGUCUAAUUUUGGCUGGAAUACCGUUAUUUUUCUUGGAACUAGGAAUUGGACAAUAUUCUCAAGCUGGUCCUUUAAAAGCAUGGAAUGGUUUGUGUCCCCUCAUGUCAGAGAUGCAUUUCUUAUUGGUAUAACAGAUGCAGCUACCAGCAUAUUUUCUGGUUUUGUUGUGUUUGCUAUUAUCGGUUACAUGGGUGAGCUACAGCACAAACUAGUAGACGAUCCCUCCAUAGCAACUGAUGGGCCUGGAUUAGUGUUUAUUGUUUACCCAGCAGCCUUAGCGACUUUACCACAACCCCAUAUUUGGUCUGUCAUAUUUUUUCUCAUGUUGAUAACAUUGGGGCUUGACAGUCAGUUUGGGCAAGUAGAAUUAAUAUGUGCAUGCAUUAUGGAGAGGUAUCCAAAAGUUUUGGAAAAACGGAAAGAAAUUGUUGUGUUGGUUGUUUGUAUUGUGUUAUGCUUGUUUGGUUUGGUUUGUGUUUCUGAGGGUGGUAUGUACUGGUUCCAUUUAAUAGACACUUAUUCUGCUGGCUCGUCUCUUUUGUUCGUUGGAUCCAUUGAACUUGUUACUGUGGCAUGGAUAUAUGGUGCUGAAAAAUUUAAAGGGAAUAUUGAAAGCAUGGUAGGCUUUAAGAUUUCCUAUGUUUGGGUCAUCAUAUGGAAGUUUAUAACACCUGUUAUAACCAUUGGUAUCUUCUUGUUCGGUUUAAUAAAUCACAAACGUCUAACUUUUGAACUUAAAUAUACCUACCCAGAUUGGGCUGAAGCACUGGGAUGGUCAAUGUCACUUGCUUCAAUGUUGUGCAUUCCAGUUGUAGCGCUAAAAAAAAUUGUACAAACAGAUGGUUCAUUAAGAGAGAGAUUGCGCGUACUGACUACACCAUGUCUAGAAGACCGUACUGAAAAGGACAUAAAUGACGAAGCUCAAUAUUUGGCAAGUGCCAUGUAGCAGUUUAUCAAAAUGAGAAUUAUUGUGUCGUGUUUAUUACCUUUUUGAGGAGUAGUAGCCGAAAUGCAUCUCACCAAACACAAUCGAAAAUGUAAAUACCGCACUUUGUCGAACGCAGCUGUAAUUGAUAAUACUGAACUUCAUCGAACACAUCAAUAAUUGUUAAUACCGCACUUUAUGUAACGCACCAGUAAUUUUUAAUACCGCAGUUUAUCACUUUAUCAAUUCUGUAGCAAUAAUUGUUAAUACCGCACUUUAUCGACCUGUAGCCAUAAUUGUUAAAACUGCAUUGUAUGGAAUUCUACAGAAGAAAUGUGUUCAUACUUAUCUGUUAUCAAAGACGCGAUGUUUAUUUAAUUUUUCCAAUUUGAUUUAAAGAAAAUUCCACACUGUUUCUUAUAGAGUUAUUGCUUAAAAAGAACGAGUCGAGGAUUUGACUGUAAAAUAUUAACAAUAGCAGUAUGGUCCGAUAAUGAGAAGCGUUAAUUUAGGGUGGGCGUAUAAUGGGCGGCUGUUUAUAGCUUUCAACUGAAAUUUAAAUCGUUAUAGCAUGGUUAUAGCUACCGUUAUUUAUAUUAAAUAUUUUCACUUAUUUUAUCAAAUGCAAGUUUAUUCAAAUUAUACAGUUUUGAUUAAGUUAUCCCUGGUGAUUACAAAUUAUAUUUUUAAAUAAG